AAACCUUCCCUCCUUUUUUUCUUCUUUUGUAAAAUGAACACUUCCUCAAAGCUUUAGUAUAUAAAGCUGUUAUAUGCUCAACAGUUUCAGACCGAGUUAAAACCGUCCCUGCAACUGAAGCGAUUUGUCUCGAGCUCACGUUAAGUCACUAUGUUGAAAUAUGGGUUAGUGUUAUUCCUGCUGCUGGGAUCUGCAGUAAGUCAUCUUCUGGAUUCUGUAGCGCUAGACGCAUCAUGGGAAAAUUGGAAACAUACUCAUAGGAAGGAAUAUAAUGGCCUGGGUGAGGAGGCAAUUCGUAGGGCUGUCUGGGAGAAGAACAUGAGGCUGAUUGAGAGCCAUAACCAAGAGUAUGAGCUGGGCCUACACUCCUAUGAACUAGGCAUGAACCAUCUUGGAGACAUGACAACAGAAGAAGUAGCUGAGAAAUUGCUGGGUCUUCAGGUUCCUAUGGACAGUGAUCCUAUGAAUGCCUAUACUGGAGACUCAGUGGGUAAACUUCCCAAAUCCAUUGAUUACCGAAAACUUGGAUAUGUUACCCCUAUCAGGAACCAGGGCUCUUGUGGCUCCUGUUGGGCCUUCAGCUCAGUUGGUGCUUUAGAAGGUCAGCUAAUGAAGACCACAGGCAAAUUGGUAAACCUCAGCCCUCAGAACCUGGUGGACUGUGUGACUGAGAAUGAUGGCUGCGGUGGUGGAUACAUGACCAAUGCUUUUAAUUACGUUAAAAACAACAGAGGUAUUGAUUCUGAGGAGGCUUAUCCCUAUGUGGGACAGGACCAACAGUGUGCAUAUAAUAAAUCUGGGAAGGCAGCUGAGUGCCGAGGAUUUAAGGAAGUAAAGAAAGGAAGCGAAUAUGCACUGGCAUCUGCUGUUGCUAAAGUUGGCCCAGUUUCUGUAGGCAUUGAUGCCAUGCAGUCAACUUUCCAGUUUUACAAGAAAGGAGUCUAUUAUGAUCCAAACUGUGACAAGGAAAAUAUCAACCAUGCUGUGCUGGCUGUGGGAUAUGGUGCCACACCAAAGGGGAAAAAAUACUGGAUUGUUAAAAACAGUUGGGGUGAGGAGUGGGGAAAUAAAGGUUAUGUCCUGAUGGCCCGUAACCGUAAUAAUGCCUGUGGAAUUGCCAACCUGGCCAGUUUCCCUGUAAUGAAAUCUUUUUAGGCCUGUUUAACUUACCAAAAGAACCAACCACUGACACUAAGUAAAGACAUACAGGGCUGAGGCACACACCUGCUUUUCAGAACACAGGAAAACACAUAAGAAAUGUUGCUGUUGUUGUUUUGUUUUUUUUGUUUUUUGGUUCCUUGAGUUAUUAAAAUGUAAUUUCAGUAUACAUUAACAUGGAAUUUUUCUGUGAACAGUUGAUCUAUUUAUGGUUUAUACAGUAUGUACUGUAGCCAGUUAAACAUAUCAGUAAAUAAAUAAAUUCCUCUGGUAAGGA